AUGCCUUUCGGACUCGUCAACGCACCAGUGACAUUUCAAGCCAUGAUACACAAAAAAUCAGUUUUCCAUACUAUCAAGGUCGAGUUUUUAGGAUACAUUGUGAAUACCAAAGGAGUUACAAUGAGUGAGUGA